CUGAAGGAAGCUCCAGAGACAGAGAAGAGGGGGAAGGAAGCACUCACUGAUCUGCAGGUGUUUAGACUGAGGCCGGGAGUGGGCGGUACUCCAGCCACCACACCUGCAGCCCCCAAACCCUACCAGGCAAGAGUCGCCGCAGCCAUGGCGGGAAUGAAGACGGCCACCGGCGACUACAUCGACUCGUCCUGGGAGCUGCGGGUGUUUGUGGGAGAGGAGGACCCGGAGGCCGAGUCAGUCACCCUCCGGGUCACGGGGGAGUCGCACAUCGGCGGGGUGCUCCUGAAGAUCGUGGAGGAGAUUAAGCGCAAGCAGGACUGGUCAGACCACGCCAUUUGGUGGGAACAGAAAAGACAGUGGCUGCUGCAGACCCACUGGACACUGGACAAGUACGGUAUCCUGGCUGACGCCCGCCUCUUCUUCGGACCCCAGCACCGGCCCAUCAUCCUGCGGCUGCCCAAUCGCCGCGCCGUGCGCCUCCGGGCCAGCUUCUCCCAGCCCCUCUUCCAGGCGGUGGCUGCCAUCUGCCGCCUCCUCAGUAUCCGGCAUGCUGAGGAACUGUCUCUGCUCCGGGCUCCUGAGAAGAAGGAGAAGAAGAAGAAGGAGAAGGAGCCGGAAGAGGAGUUGUAUGACCUGACCAAGGUCGUCCUGGCCGGGGGCGUGGCACCUGCGUUGUUCCGGGGGAUGCCAGCCCACUUCUCAGACAGUGCGCAGACCGAGGCCUGCUAUCACAUGCUGAGCCGGCCGCAGCCACCGCCGGACCCCCUCGUGCUGCAGCGCCUGCCUCGGCCCAGCUCCCUGUUGGACAAGACCCAGCUCCACAGCAGGUGGCUGGACUCGUCGCGGUGCCUCAUGCAGCAGGGUGUCAAGGCGGGGGACAUGCUCUGGCUUCGCUUUAAGUACUACAGCUUUUUCGACCUGGAUCCCAAGACGGACCCGGUGCGGCUGACCCAGCUGUACGAGCAGGCGCGGUGGGACCUGCUGUUGGAGGAGACCGACUGCACCGAGGAGGAGAUGAUGGUGUUUGCAGCCCUGCAGUACCACAUCAACAAGCUGUCCCAGAGUGGGGAGGCGGGCGAACCCGCCGCCGCAGACCCCGGGCUGGACGACCUGGACGCGGCCCUGAACAACCUGGAGGUGAAGCUGGAGGGGUCGGCGCCCACAGACGUGCUGGACAACCUCACCACCAUCCCAGAGCUCAAGGACCAUCUCCGGAUCUUCCGGCCCCGGAAGCUGACCCUAAAAGGGUACCGCCAGCACUGGGUGGUGUUCAAGGAGACCACGCUGUCCUACUACAAGAGCCAGGAGGAGGCCCCGGGGGACCCCAUUCAGCAGCUCAACCUCAAGGGCUGUGAGGUAGUCCCCGAUGUCAAUGUCUCCGGCCAGAAGUUCUGCAUCAAACUCCUAGUACCCUCCCCCGAGGGCAUGAGUGAGAUCCACCUGCGGUGCCAGGAUGAGAAGCAGUACGCCCACUGGAUGGCCGGCUGCCGACUGGCCUCUAAGGGUCGCACCAUGGCAGACAGCAGCUACGCCAGCGAGGUGCAGGCCAUUCUGGCCUUCCUCAGCCUGCAGCGGACGGGUGGCGGGGGCUCAGGCAACCACCCCCAGGGCCCUGACGCCUCUGCCGAGGGCCUCAACCCCUACGGCCUUGUUGCCCCACGCUUCCAGCGGAAGUUCAAGGCCAAGCAGCUCACCCCACGGAUCCUGGAAGCCCACCAGAACGUGGCCCAACUUUCGCUGUCCGAGGCCCAGCUGCGCUUCAUCCAGGCCUGGCAGUCCCUGCCCGACUUUGGCAUCUCCUAUGUCGUGGUCAGGUUCAAGGGCAGCAGGAAGGAUGAGAUCCUGGGCAUCGCCAACAACAGACUGAUCCGCAUCGACUUGGCCGUGGGCGACGUGGUCAAGACCUGGCGCUUCAGCAACAUGCGCCAGUGGAACGUCAACUGGGACAUCCGGCAGGUCGCCAUCGAGUUUGACGAGCACAUCAACGUGGCUUUCAGCUGCGUGUCUGCCAGCUGCCGCAUUGUGCACGAGUACAUCGGGGGCUACAUUUUCCUGUCGACAAGGGAGCGGGCCCGCGGGGAAGAACUGGACGAGGACCUCUUCCUGCAGCUCACAGGAGGCCACGAGGCCUUCUGAGGCCUGUCUUAUUGUCCCCACUUUGCUCACUACCUGCUCUGGCCACUCCUAAGCCCACACCCUCUCCAGACAGGCACUGAGCUGGGCACGCUCCCCUGCUGUCAACUGGCUUCGUGCAGACCGGGGACCUAACUGGACCAGACUCUGCCAUCCCCCGGGGGCUAGAGAGGGUGGGCUAUGAGCUCGUACGACGCCCACCCUCUCCUUGUCCGAGUGGCCGAGACCAACACCCCCGACCUAGCUGUAGUCCUGAGCACAUCAAGAAGCCCGGCUGUAGCUACAGGAUAAUUCAUGGUUUCCAACUGGAAUUUCUGUUUUGUCAUCUUUCUACAUUCCUUUUUUUGUUGUUGUUUUUUUAAAUAAAUAUUUUAUUGUUGGGUCA